AUGAGAACUGGUUUCGUUAGUAUGUGGAGCGGAUUUGCACUGCUGGCACUGCAUUUGAGUGUAUUUGUAUAUGGGAGAAACUAUUCUGACUACUCUGUUUGUCGGUUUGAAGAUGAAUCGCAGUUUGGUGAAGUGCUUUCACAGUUGCAAGACUUAGCAAUGAUAAAACAGGAGUUCGAGUUUGAUGUGUGGAGUCAGUCGAGGUCGCAUGGGUUUAUGGAUGUACGCGUUCAUAAGGAUAUACUGGAGAAGUUUCCAUCAUGCAAGGUAAUUAUCGAGGACUUGGAUUCUGCGAUUUCUGAAUCUCAUCCUAAAAUGUCGGAUCCAGAUGUGAAGUUGACUGAAGAAAAUAUAGAUAACCUAGCACAAGUACAAGAUUUCUUUGAUGCAACCUCUGGAAAGCCCAGAGAAAUAUUUUUCGAUGAAUAUCGUGAUCUAGAUACGAUUUACACUUGGCUAGAUCUCUUGCAGUUAUCCUUUCCUGACCUUGUUACCAUCGAAUGGACAGGCCAGACGUUUGAAGGUAGAGAUUUGAAGGCACUCCAUAUCUCCACUCAAAAUAGAAAGAAAAACCCAGAUAAGAAGACUAUCAUCAUCACAGGUGGUGUACAUGCUCGUGAAUGGAUUAGUGUUAGCACCGUGUGUUACACUAUUUUCCAACUAUUGAGCAGAUACGGUGAAUCAAAAACGGAAACUAGAUUCUUGGACCAUUUGGAUUUCUUGGUUAUCCCCGUUUUCAACCCUGACGGUUACGUGUAUACCUGGACGCACGAUAGACUAUGGCGUAAAAAUAGACAACAAACGUACUUCCCCAGAUGUUUUGGUAUCGAUAUUGACCAUUCUUUCAACUACCAUUGGACUGGGUCUAACAACUUCCCAUGUUCUGAAGACUAUAGCGGAAGAGCACCUUUCGAAGCCCUGGAAGCUGAAUCAUGGGAUAACUAUGUGAACAAGGCUAAAUCAGAGUAUAACAUCCAUGGAUAUUUGGAUAUUCACUCCUACGCCCAGGAAAUUCUCUAUCCAUAUGGAUUCUCUUGUGACGCAUUACCAAGAGAUUUGGAAAACCUCUUAGAGUUGGCAUACGGUUUGUCCAAGGCAAUCCGACAUGAAUCGGGAAAAAACUAUAAAGUACUCUCCUCAUGUGAAGACCGUGGAUCGGAUGUUCAACCAGGCUUAGGUGCGGGCUCAGCUUUGGACUACAUGUAUAAUCAUAGAGCCUACUGGGCCUUCCAAUUAAAACUGAGAGACACAGGAAAUCAUGGCUUCUUACUUCCAUCUAAAUUCAUUGUACCUGUAGGUGAAGAAACUUAUGCUGCAGUACAAUACUUCUGUGAGUUCAUCUUGGAUCCAGACCUAUAG